UUUUAAUUAAAAUGAAGUUUUGUGCUAUUUUCUUUCUGAUGUGAUUGUGCCUUUGUGCAUCAAUUGAGGCAGGACCAGUAAAGUAUCCUCCUAUGAGGCGAGCACUACCUGCUCCGCCUAAGCCAAUAGAUACUACCUUUAAGACUUCUCUUCCUACAGAUGCAGAGACAAUUAUUGAAAUAAUUAUUGGAGUUAUCCUUUCUGAAAUGAGGCAUCUCCACAUUGAUCGCUACGAAGUCGAGGAUGGAGUGCUUACUAACGUUGAUAUCAACUUUGAUUUUCCUACAUUCUCAGGAGUUACAUUCAGAGGAGAUCUAGAUUCUGGAGAAAUAACAUUUAAACUUCUUGGAGUCAAAGCUGAUAUUAAGGCUGACCUAAACUUCUAUCAUGGUGUUAUCAAAGGAAACACCAAGAUCCAGAUUGAUAAGAUGGAUAUUGAGCUUAAAUCAACUCCUGUAUUUGAUAAGGAUUGGAUCUACUUCAAUUUUAAAUAUCACCUUCAUAUCAAGGAUACUGAUAUCUCGAUGAAUAUUGAUGCUAUCAAAGGAGAUGGAUACUACGGAGGUGGCAUGAAUCCACUUCUUGGAAAUGUCAACCUAAACAUGGUUGCAAUCAAAAUGGUUGACAAUGAGUUAGAAAAACAGACAGAGAAGGUUCUUCAGAGCUAUUUUAACAGUAAUCUACCUCAAAAAGAUUCAUCUAAGGAUGCUGGUAUUAGUAGUCUUGAAGAUUUAGUUUCUAAUACAAAUUCAGCUAUAUAUAAAUUUGGAAGAGAUGAACUUCCUAUCCUUACUUUUGAGUCCAUCUCUGAAAUGCCUAUUAAAUCCAGACAAAGAAUCAGAGAAAAGCUUGUCCAUUCUGAUUUGAAGCCUGUGGUAACUCCUGAACAUACUGUCAUUGAGGCAAUCAAAUCACGUUUGACAAGUGUAAAGCAUCAUGUGCCUAUUUCACAUCACUCUGAGCGUAAAUUUGUGAAUUAGGAUUUCAAUACAAUAAUUAAAUGCUGG